ACAUAUGCAUACAUUGUAUUGUAUUGAAAAUGGCCAAACCAUACUCUUUGCUCUGUAUUCUCUCUGCCUCACUCUAUUAUUACUUCUUCAUUAGUUGCUUAGCUAAAAGUACUAAAAACAUCACCACCGAUGAAUUUGCACUUCUUGCAUUCAAAUCAUCUAUUACCUUAGACCCUUAUCAUAUGCUUAGUAAUUGGUCAAUUUCCUCUUCUUCUUUCUUCUCAUCAUGCAAUUGGGUUGGUGUCACUUGUGAUGAGCAUCAUGGAAGAGUAAAGGCAUUGAAUCUUAGUAACAUGGGCCUUGAAGGUACAAUAAUUUCUCCUCAAAUGGGAAAUCUCUCUUUUCUUGUUUUUCUUGAUCUACAAGGCAAUAGUUUCCAUGGUGAGUUACCACAAGAAUUACUUAAAUUGCAUAGAUUGAAAUGGUUGGAUUUGAGCUACAAUGAUUUUGUUGGAGAAUUUCCAUCAAGGGUAGGGGACUUAUCCAAACUUCAACACUUGGAUCUUGGCUAUAAUAAUUUUGUUGGAAUAAUUCCACAAUCUAUAUCCAAUUUAUCAAUGUUAGAGUAUCUAAAUUUGAACUCAAAUCUCAUUAAAGGAACCAUUCCAAAGACAGUUUCCAACAUGUCUUCCCUUGAAGAAAUCUACUUAGCAAAUAACUCCUUAUCAGGAGAAAUUCCGAAAGGAACCGGUGAUCUUGCACGGCUGAGAAUUGUGAACUUUCAAGAUAAUAUGCUCUCAGGCAACAUAUUAUUCAUGUUCAACAACUCAUUAUUGCAAUACUUAGCUCUUGGUGAUAAUCAUUUGACCGGCAUUCUUCCAUCAAAUGUUUGUCAAGGCCUUCCAAACCUUAGAUUACUAUAUCUUUACUUUAAUGAUUUCUCUGGUGAGAUGCCAAAAGUUUGGUCUCAUUGCAAAGAAUUACAAUAUUUGGAACUAUCAGGCAUUCAUUUUGACAAAGGACGCAUGCCAUCUGACAUCGCAAAAUUGACCAAGCUUCAAUAUUUGUAUCUUCCUUUAACCAACUUGCAUGGUGAAAUUCCAUUUUCCCUCUUCAACAUCUCUUCUUUGAUAAAGAUCAUCCUUGACAAGAACAACUUAAAUGGAAGUCUCCCACAUGAGAUGUGUCAUCAAUUUCCUCAGCUUCAAGUUUUUUCUCUAGACUAUAAUGAUUAUAGAGGAAUCAUUCCACGAUCUAUUAAAAAUUGCACAUCUUUACAAUAUUUCAGUUUGGCAGAUAACUUUUUUACAGGUUCGAUACCAAUAGAGAUUGGCCAUCUGAAUCAACUCAAACUUUUACAAUUGGGAAAUAACAGCUUGAGUGGACCUAUUCCUUCAAAACUCCUCAACAUUUCAACAUUGAAAAUUUUGAGUCUUGAUCAAAAUUAUCUCUCAGGCAUGCUUCCAUCAAAUAUGGGAUUUGGUCUUCCUAACCUACGACGCCUAUCCAUAUAUGAAAACAACUUUGUUGGAAAAAUUCCUGAUACUAUAUCCAAUGCUUCAAAUCUCGUUCAACUUGACAUGAGUGAAAACGAAUUUAGUGGAAUUAUACCCAAUUCUUUUGGAGAUUUAGCAUUCCUCAAAUACCUCGGCAUAAGUAGGAAUAAUUUGACAAUAAUUGAUGAUGAUUCUUUUGAAAUAAACUUCCUUACUUCACUUACUAGUUGCACAUAUCUUGAACAUCUUGAAGUAUCAGAGAAUAGGUUACUUUCAAAACUUCCCAAGUCGAUUGGAAACUUAUCAUUACAAUAUUUUAUGGCAGAUUCUCUUGGAAUUAAUGGAAAUAUUCCACUAGAAAUCGGAAACAUGAGCAGCCUCAUUGAAUUAUCUCUGAGUAGGAAUAAUUUAACCGGACCGAUUCCUAGUACAAUUAAAAGGUUAAAUCAACUUCAACAUUUGAAUCUUGGCUACAAUGGACUGCAGGGAUCAAUAGUUCAUGACCUUUGUGAAGUGAGCAGUUUGAGUGAGUUGUAUUUAACAAGAAAUAAGCUUUUUGGUGUGUUACCAACAUGCUUGGGAAAUAUGACUUCUCUAAGAGAGUUUCAUACAGGAUCUAAUAACUUGACUUCAAAGAUACCUUUGUCUUUUUGGAAUCUUGAAGAUAUUUUAGAGGUAAACUUAUCCUCUAAUGCUUUAAUUGGAAUUCUGCCACCUGAGAUUAAGAAUUUAAGAGCUGUUACACUAUUAGAUCUCUCUGAAAAUCAAUUUUCAAGCAAUAUUCCAACAGCCAUAAGCUUAUUGAGAACUUUAGAAACUCUAUCUUUAGCAAAUAACAAAUUGAAUGGUUCAAUUCCAACAUCACUUGGUGAAAUGUUAAGUUUGAGUUUCUUGGACUUUUCUCAAAAUCUUAUAACUGGUGUAAUUCCAAAAUCAUUAGAGUCACUUUCUUAUCUUAAAUACAUAAAUCUAUCAUACAAUAGAUUGCAAGGAGAGAUUCCUGAUGGAGGACCUUUCAAAAGCUUCACAGCUCAAUCUUUCAUGCAUAAUGAUGCGCUUUGUGGCAGUCCUCGCUUAGAAGUACCUCCAUGUGAUAAACAAAUUAGGAAAAAAGCAAAGACAAAGAUGGUAUUAAUCAUAUGCAUAACAUCCACAUUUGUUUUGUUAGGCAUUUUGGUUGGUGCAUGCAUAAUACUUCGGAGGCAUAAAAGGAAAAAGGUUGAAAAUCCACAUAAAAGUGAUUUGUCAGCUACUUUAGGGGCUCCAAGAAGAAUAUCCUACUAUGAACUUGUCAAAGCGACUAAUGGAUUCAGUGAAAGUAAUUUACUUGGAAGAGGUGGCUUUGGAUCUGUGUAUCAAGGAAUUCUUUCUAGUGGAAAGAUGGUGGCAAUUAAAGUACUUGACUUAACAUUGGAAGCAACAUCAAGAAGCUUUGAUGCAGAAUGUAAUGCAAUGCGCAACCUUAGACAUCGAAAUCUGGUUCAGGUUAUCGGUAGUUGUUCAAAUGAUGAUUUCAAAUCUCUAGUGAUGGAGUUUAUGUCAAACGGAAGUGUGGAAGCAUGGUUAUACUCAGAGAACUAUUGUUUGAAUUUCUUGCAAAGGUUGAAUAUAAUGAUAGAUGUGGCAUUAGCAUUGGAGUAUCUGCAUCAUGGUUCUGCAAUACCAGUGGUUCAUUGUGAUUUGAAGCCUAGUAAUGUGUUACUAGAUGAAGAUAUGGUUGCGCAUAUCAGCGAUUUUGGCAUUUCCAAGCUUUUGGAUGAAGGACAAUCUAAAACUCAUACCCAGACUUUAGCUACUCUUGGUUAUGUUGCACCAGAAUAUGGAUCUAAGGGAGUCAUUUCAGUUAAAGGAGAUGUGUACAGUUAUGGGAUAAUGUUGAUGGAAAUGUUCACUGGAAAGAAACCAACAAAUGAAAUGUUUUCAGAAGAAUUAACCUUGAAAACUUGGAUUAGUGAAUCAAUGGUCAAUUCAGUCAUGGAAGUUGUGGAUUACAAUUUAGGCUCACAACAUGGAAAAGAACUUCAUGAAAUUUUAGCUUUAGCUUUGAGUUGUUGUGCAGAUUCACCUGAAGCAAGAAUUAAAAUGACAAAUGUAACCGCAUCGUUAAUCAAAAUCAAGACUUCAGUCAUGCGGUGAAAAUGACAGAUGUAACUUCAUGGUUUUGGGUUAAUUUCUAGCAUAGAAUCACUCAGUUGUGAUUUUCCAUCUUUUAAUCUAAAUAAGUGGUUUUUAUAAGUUUUAUUUUUUUGUGAUUUUGUCAUCUGGACGUUGUGUUGUUCGUAGUCUUGGUGUGACGCUUGAUUUCUCGUCAUGUUGUGGUGUUCUAUUAGUUCCAUAUUGAAAGAUCUACUUCAUAAGUAUUCCAAACAA